GGGACGUCCGGGAACGGGGCUAGCUCUCGGCCGAGGGGCGGGGCACCUGGGGGAGGAGCCAGCCUGCGGCCUAGGGCGGGGCAGAGCGCCGGAGGGUCCCGCGGAGACGCUGAGCUCGGACAGCCACGCUGCAGGCAGUGAGCACUGUGCCCGCUCGUGAUAACCCUUCCAGGAGCUUCACUGGCAGCCUCACAGCAAAGAAGGGAAAAUGGCUUGUUUGGAGCAUUCUUUCCAUAUGCCAGAUCUACAGGAACUUGCCGGAGUUCUGCAGAAGGGACUAAAAGCUAACUUUGCUGAUGUCCAGGUCUCUGUGGUUGACUGCCCUGAUCUGACCAAGGAGCCAUUUACCUUUCCGGUAAAAGGCAUCUGUGGGAAAACUAGAAUUGUAGAAGUAGGAGGUGUGCCUUACUUAUUGCCGCUUGUAAAUAAGAAAAAGGUUUAUGACGUAAAUAAGAUUGCAAAAGAAAUCAAGCUUCCUGGAGCAUUUAUUCUUGGAGCUGGAGCAGGCCCCUUUCAUACUCUCGGGUUCAAUUCUGAGUUCAUGCCAGUUAUUCAGACAGAAAGUGAGCACAAAUCUCCUGUAAAUGGAAGUUACAUCGCUCGUGUUAAUCCAGCAGAUGGAGGGUGCCUGUUAGAGAAAUACAGUGAGAAGUAUCAUGGUUUUGGAUGUGCAUUACUGGCUAAUCUUUUUGCCAGCGAGGGACAACCCGGAAAGGUCAUUGAGGUGAAAGCCAAAAGAAGAACUGGGAAACUUAACUUCGUGACCUGCAUAAGGCAGACUAUUGAAAAUCAUUAUGGAGAUAAGCCUGUAGGGAUGGGAGGUACUUUCCUAGUCCAGAAGGGAAAAGUGAAGACUCACAUCAUGCCUGCGGAAUUCUCUUCCUGUCCACUGAACUCCGAUGAAGCAGUCAAUCAAUGGCUGCGUUUUUAUGAGAUGUCAGCUCCUUUGGUUUGCCUGCCGGUGUUUGUCUCCAGAGACCCAGGGUUCGACCUGCGGCUGGAGCACACACACUGCUUCAGCCACCAUGGAGAAGGUGGGCACUACCAUUACGACACCACACCAGAAACCGUGGAGUACCUGGGCUACUUCUCACCCGCAGAGCUUCUCUAUCGCAUAGAUCAGCCAAAAGAGACCCAUUCAUUCGGGAGAGAUUAAGUCAGCUCAUACUUUAGAAAUAAUUAAUCAAAAUGAAUGAACUGAUUCACUCACCAAAACUGAUUGAUAGAAAUGACCUCACUACUUAAACCCAAUUCUUUUGC